AUGCAGAGGCCUGCAGCCUUUGUCCCGUCAAAUGCACCGUUGCAGCUCUUACUUACCCAACACUUGUUGGUGUCACAGCAGAAAAGUCGUAUGAUGAAGGCCUGCAAGGAUGCCACGAUUACCAUAUACGUUAAGGAGGGAAAGGAUAUUUCACCCAUGGAUCAUGAUGGACUCGCCGAUCCCUUCUGCGAAGUACACAUAAAUGGCAAGAAGAAAGGCAAGACGUCGGUGUGCAAGAACACGCUCACGCCCAAGUGGUCGCCUCCGGCCGAAUUUUCAUUCGAUGUGGCCGACUUGAUCAGCGGCGAUCAGGUGGCCGAAAGUAUAGAGAUCAAGGUGAACAAGUCUAGGAUGGUGUGA